CACUCAUUUUCACGUUUUCAAAAGAAACGAAAAAGUUUUAAAUUUGUAACAAAGUCUAUUCACCCCCCCUCUAGACUUUGUAUCUCACCACUUUGGGACCACCAAUUGGUAUCAGAGCAAACUUCUCACUAUCUACACUUAGAUUAACGAGAAGCGAUCAUAAUGGUGAUUAAUAUGGAUCACGGUUUGCCCAACUUUUCUCUUCUAGGUUAUGAUGAUUGGAAGAUCAUGAUGGAAGCACACCUCUACGCUCUACAUGAUUGCAUGUGGAUGGUGCUUGAAGAUGGACCCUUGAAAAUCCGAAUGGAGAAUCUUGAGAGGAAUCCAACCAGUCCAGAUGUAGUCCAGUAUAUUCCAAAGCCCAAGGAGAAAUGGGAUGAUAGAGAUUGCAAGAAGCACAAUCUGGACAACGUCGUUAAAGCAGCCAUCUUCAAGACACUUGAUCCCAUCACCUUCUCUAAGAUCAAGCAUCUUAAGACUGCCAUGGAGAUAUGGCAAGGUCUUGGGAAGCUGUGUGAGGGAUCAGAGGAUCUGAGAAAGCAGAAGAUAGAAGUCCUGCUUGAGAAGUUCAAAAGCUUCAAAAUGCUUCUCGGAGAAUCAUUUGAUAUGUUGGAUGAAAGAUUCCACAAAAUUUUAAAUGAUCUUGCAUCACUUAACCACAUUCUUUCUCCCAAAGAAAAGAAUGUAAGGAAGCCUGGUCAUUGGAAGUCAGCAUGCCCAUACCCAAAAGUGGAAAAGUACGGAGAAAGAGAAAGAAACGAGAAGAAGAAGAAGAAGAAGGCAAUGGUUGCAGCUGAAAGUGACGAUUCAUCUAGUUCAAGCUCGGGUGAAGAAGCCCUCGUCUGCAUAGAGCGCAGAACUGAGAAGUCCAACCAUGAGGAUCGGUGGACUAUGUUAGAAGAUGACACCCUCUGCCUAAUGGCCAAAGAUGAUGCUGAUCAAGAGCCGCGCAAUGAACAGUGCCGCAAAGAUGAGAACGACGAUUACUCCAUGGAUUUGAGCUUGCUUUGCAUCAUUUUUGGAACCUGGGGUGCGCCUACAGCUGGUGCAUCCAUUUCAGGAACAAUUUCGCUGUUUUUGGAGAAGGAAUUUGCAAGAAACGAAGGACUACCUGGUCAACUUUGCUAUGGACUUUGCUUCAUUAUUGGUGAUUAUGGGUGCUACCUGGACAGUGGCUAUCCUGCUGCCAUUGACCUGGGCAGUAAUGCAGUAUCGUAACUGCAUUCCCCUGGAAUUUGGUUCUAUUUUGUAAAUGGUGAAGUUGGGUUUCUUAUAUAGUAAAAGAAUGGAGGAAGAGGCCAAGGUGAUGAUGUAUCCGUUCCUGUUUCGGCGUCUCAGUGGAGGGGGCUGCGAUAUUUCUUCGAUUCCAAACGCAAGUCCCUGAUUGGGACUAAUUUGGUCCCAGUCGGGGAACACUUUUUGGUCUAACUUUCUCCGAAUUGAAAUCCGAUUGCACCGUUGCGAUCAGACAGUUAAACUC